AUGCCAGCUCUUCCCAUUGAAGAUAAUUCUGGAUGGAAAUGGCUCUUGUUGAAAAAGUUUUCGGCAGAAGUGUGCAAUAUGACAGCAAGGAUAUUUGAUGAUGAGACCUUGAUGAAUUCACUGGAGGAUGCCAAGUAUGAUCUUGUUCUUGCUGACCCUGCUUUUAGAGGUGUAGUGUUAGUGGCACAUCAUCUUGGACUCCCGUUUAUUUAUGGAGAGGGUCACUUAGUUGUAGCUCCAUCUCCUUUCCUUUAUGUGCCUGUUAUAGGAUUACAAUUUACCGACAGAAUGACAUUUAGUCAAAGAGUCAUGAAUGUGGUGACAUAAAUAACAUAAAUAAUAAAUUCAAGGUACCUUGGUUAACCUUUCAAGGAGUUCACCUAGAAAUUUGGUCAAGGUGUUGAUUUCGUCUCCCUACUACAGAAUGCAGAUAUCUGGCUUAUGAGAAAUGAUUUCGCUUUUGAUUUUCCAUGACCCACAAUGCCAAAUAUCAUCUAUAUGGGCAGCUUCCAGUGCAAACCUGCUAAGCCACCUCCAGCUGAUCUUGAGGAAUUUGUGCAGAUGAGUCAUCAUCAUGUCUUUAGGCAUCUUCCACAGGAUGUCACCAAUGAGAUAUCAGUGGCUUUUUCUCAACUUCCUCAAAAAGUUAUUUGGAGAUACACAGGACCGCGAACUGUAAUCCUUGGAAACAACACAUUACUUCUAAAUUGGCUCCCUCAAAAUGACCUGCUUGGACAUCCUAACCCCUCGUUCAGACAGCCAGUGAUGUUAUCGCUGUGUGUCGCUCGUCUCUUUCAAUGA